ACUUAAAUUCCCAUCCCAAUAUGCCCUUCUAAUCUCGUCCCAAAAUACUCCCACAACAUUCCCAAAAUACACCUAUUACUAUUUUUCUUUGUUUCUUUUUUUUUUUUAAUUUUCAUGAUGGAUGACCCUAUUUACAUAGAGAAACUUCAAGCCAUGAAGAGAUACAGAAAGACAAGUACAACAUCAAUAGGACUCCUUUCAAAACUAUUCCAAUACUUUUUAUCAGCUUUGGCAGUUGGCUUACUCCUCUCAAGACUAUGUUCUUCUCUCAUGUUCUUAUUCUCAAUGCCCAAGUACUUGUUCAUAGUUUGCAAUAUUAUCAUAAUCAUCUUCCUCGCCGGAGAUUCUAAGCUGUCGAAGGCUUCUCCGGCACCGGAUAUCUACGAAGAAUAUGUGAAGAGGAACCAGAGUGAGAUGGGCAAUGUGGUUGAGGACAUGGAUGAGGAGGAUCAAGAGGAUCAUGAGAAUCAUGAGGAGAUGGAUAAAAGGUUUGAUGAGUUCAUUGCAAGAGUUAUCAUUCAAAGGAGGAAUGAAGCAAGAAUGCUACUUUUCAGUGAAGGAAUGAACAUCAUGCAAUGAAGUGAGUGAGAGAUGUUUAUAUAUAGCUUAUGAUAGACUUAUAUAUAUAUAUAUAUAUAUGGGAUGUUGUUAGGAUUUGAAUACAUAUACAUGUAACAAGCUUGCAUGGGUUUGGUUCUUUGUAAAUAUCAAAGUACUAAGCUUG